UAACUCCUCAGAAGAAGCUUAGAAGAUCUAAUCAAAAAAUGGCGACGGCGUUGAAGAAGAACAGGAAGAAGAGAGGCCACGUCAGCGCGGGGCACGGGCGUAUCGGGAAGCACCGCAAGCAUCCGGGAGGUCGCGGAAACGCGGGAGGCAUGCACCACCACCGGAUCCUCUUCGACAAGUACCAUCCGGGAUACUUCGGGAAAGUAGGGAUGAGGUACUUCCACAAGCUCCGCAACAAGUUCUACUGCCCCAUCGUCAACCUCGACAGGCUCUGGUCGCUGGUUCCGGAGGACGUGAAGGCCAAGGCGGGGAAGGAUGAUAAGGUGCCGAUGAUCGACGUGACGCAGCACGGGUUCUUUAAGGUGUUGGGGAAAGGGCAUUUGCCUGAGGGCAAGCCGUUUGUGGUGAAGGCGAAGCUUAUUUCGAAGACUGCUGAGAAGAAGAUUAAGGAGGCUGGUGGUGCUGUUGUGCUCACUGCCUAGGUUAGAUUGAUUUUUCGUUUUAAUUAUUGUCUUUAUCUGUUUUUGAUAUCGUUGUUGAACACAAAGUUUGUUGCUUUAUUGAUUUUUGGAAUGAGAGAUAUUUUGAUCAUUAUCAUUGGAUUAUACUCAUUUGGUGUU